CUAAAUUAAGCGUCUGCUACAAGAAUACCACAACGUUAUUUUUGAUGAGUGGGUAGAAAUUUGGUAAAUCCAAGAUGGCAGCGUCCUUGUUCAGAAAACUAGCAGGGACGCUUGCAUCAAGUUUUGUAAGACCAAGCAUCCAAACCGUCUCAACAUGUCAGCUUCAGAAAUGUUGUUUUAACAGAAGCCCUGGAUGUUUUUCUUUACCAGCACAGAGAGGUCUCACACAUUGGACACACCAAGCACAGCCAAAACUAUCAACUGCAAAAUCAGGUUCACUUCUUCAAACUUGUCAGCCAUUUGUGAAAAGUGUAAGGACAGCUGUUAGAUUCAGUAUCAGACGUGCUGCUCCAAAAACUGUCAAGUCAGUCCCGGGAAGGUUCUUUCGCCUACCCUGGGGGAAUUUAUAUCCCGGCCAAGAUGGCGGGUAG